AAUGGGCGGGACUCGGUGCCGUAUUGUUUACGUCUGCGUGCUCAAAGUAGGUCAUAAGCGCGAGACAGCUAGUAACAUAUUUCUCAGAAAAUUUCACUAAUCCUAACCACACGGAGUUGUACAACGAUCACGGAUAAAGAGCAGGAUUCCCGCGGGCUGUCCGGUGACAUCUGCAAAGCUGGUGUGGUAUGUCCAGGCGCAGCCGAAACAGUCGGGUGUGGCGCAGCGUGUGGAGUGGAAUUCGCCGGGAUGCUGAUGCAAAGACGCUGGUGCUGCCCUCGGAGAGCGAUGAAUGGGGUUGUGACCGCCUACAGUACAGUGACUCAGAUUCAGAGGCAGAGUAUCCUGGCAUUGUACCUUCAGUGCCAAGUGCUGUGCCAGUGACCGGAGAGUCGUACUGUGGCUGUGAUUUGGAGAUGGAAUCGAGUUACGACCCACGUCUACGCAGUUACGCACGGCUGCGAGACUGCCACUGUGGAGAAGAUGACCAAGAGUUUGACUGGGUGUGGGAUGAGGGCAGUCGGUCAGCAGCCACGCUGCUGAGCUGUGAGAACAGGAAGGUGAGCUUCCACUCGGAGUACAGCUGCGGCACAGCGGCUAUCCGUGGCUCCAAGGAGCUCUCAGAGGGACAGCACUUCUGGGAGAUCAAAAUGACCUCUCCGGUCUACGGAACAGACAUGAUGGUAGGAAUUGGCACAUCAGAUGUCAAUCUGGACAAAUACCGACAUACGUUCUGCAGUUUACUGGGAAAAGAUGAAGACAGCUGGGGCUUGUCAUAUACAGGGUUGUUACAUCAUAACGGUGACAAAGUGAGCUUCUCGUCACGGUUUGGUCAGGGAUCCAUCAUAGGCGUUCACUUGGACACCUGGCAUGGAACUCUCACCUUCUUUAAAAACCGCAAAUGCAUCGGUGUAGCUGCUACAGAGCUGCAGAACAAGCGUGUGUAUCCCAUGGCCUGUUCCACAGCUGCCAAGAGCAGCAUGAAGGUGAUCCGCUCUGUCUCUGCCCCCACCUCACUCCAGUACCUCUGCUGCUGGCACCUGCGUAAGCUCCUCCCCUCAGGAGCCGACGCCCUCCGAGUGCUGCCGCUCCCACCAGGACUCAGGCACCUCCUACAUUCCAAACUUGGCUGGGUGUUAAGCUUAGACCACUCGCAUACGCACACAAACUCGAACGCACACACACCCGUCGGGCCGUCUUCAGGCAGCGAGUCGGACGGCUGCGCUUCUGACCCCGAGGCCUGCCAGAGGAAACGCUGUCGCUGGACCUGAGGCGAUCUCGCGCGCGUACACGCACACACACACACACACACACACACACACACACACACUCUUACAGUUAAUACAUUGUCAGGUCAUUUCAGUUUCAGACUCAGAGAACUGAGAGAAAUCGUUAAAAAAAACAAAAGAUGUUAAUGUAUCUGAUUAAUACGAAGUCUCUCCAGAUUAAGGAUACCACUUUGAUUUUAAUCUCAGCAGGACUGUUCAAGUUGCAUUUCACUUUGUACAGGUCAUGUAAAAGAUACACGCAAAUGCAGUCCGAUGCAUCAUGACAAAACAGUCGACUGUCUCUGUUUUAUUGCAUAGUGCUGAAUGUUCCUGCUCUUUCCCUGCUGUCUCUUUCAGGGUUUUGGAACAAAUCAUGUCACACUUUUCCACCCUACAAGAACUCUUUAUAUAAAAUCUCAGUAUUAUCUUUACCUAUAACCUUCAGCACUGUGCCGUCGUCUACCUGUACUUCAAUAUAGCUUAUAUCCAAACAAGUAGGAUGAGUAAAAUGGACACUCGGAUGGAUAAAAAGGGGUUUAGUUAUCAGUUAUCAUCUGAUGUACCAUUAAAACAUGUAAUUCACCAUCCAAGUCUGCAAACGAGGUGACCAGUUUGACAGCAGGUUUCAUCAGCAUAGCACUGAUGUGCUGAAUCUAGUACUGUAUGCUGCCUUCAACUCUUUCUUGAAACUGCAACAUUUGAGAAAAUUGGAAGAAUCAUGUUCAUGUCUUUUUAAACAGCUAUGCCACAAUAUAAUGGUAUGCAAGUUGUUGACGUGCCAACAUUUAAAGCUUGGCUGUAGUUUUUCCUUUUUUUUUUCCUUUUCCUUUUUUUUUUAGAUAAAGCGAUGCGUCAUCCCUUCAAUCCAGAUCUGUUUUGAUAUCAAGAAGACGAAAAAUGUUUUCUGAAAUUACCCACUUGGCUAUGGAUUCACAGAAAACAGCAUUGUUUUCUGCUUUAGCCGACAGUCUAGACUCUGGAUAUGAUUUUUAGACCUAUAUGCUAUGAGUUUUAUGUGUAUUUGUUAGUCCAUUUGUUUUUUCCCCCGGGAGAAGCGAUAAGUAGAUGACGUAUUCCGCCUAGGAAUAGCAUUGACCAGGUUGAUAAGUUUGUUGAGCCCAUGAUAUUGACAUGGUCACUGCCAAUUCUGGAAAAAUCCUCUAUGCUGAUUUAUUAUUAUUAUUUUAUUUUAUUUUUUUUCUUACUGAAACUGAGAGUGGGGGGAAAAUUCAGGAUCUGAAUGCGUGUUUUGCGCAAAUAAAAUUUCAAAACAGAUGUGAAUGGAAUGGAUGAUACACAGACUGCAAUUUUAGUCUACUUGCGACAGCAAUUCGAGACGUUUGAAAACUAUGCCUUUUGCUUUCCCGGAUAAACCUUUCUACUGGGUUAGUACAUAGUAGAAGACAAGCAGGCAUGCUCUGGUCUCUGGUUGGUAAAAGUGCGCAGAGUAGAAGGUGAAGUUUACCAUUUAAUCUAUUAGCAUAGAGCCGUCUCGUCCACCAGCAAACGCUAGGUUUUUUUAAAUUUUUUGGUUAAUGUCCUAGUCUUUACUGACGCCUGCUAGAAUCUUCUUGUUAUGAUUGUUGGUUCAAAGACAUUUUCCUGGUACUGCAGCAACGAACCUGACUAAUUAUAUUCCAUCUAUCAUACUAUUGACUUUUCUGCUGUCCUUUUCAGAUGACAUUUUGUAUUAAUCCAUAUUUAAUAUCAGCUUUUAACAUUCAUUCCUUAUUUUUAUUUUUUAUCAUUUUACUCCAUGUAACUUUGCCAGUCAACUAGUGUAUUAACAUCUGAUGGGCAUGGUCUUUUUUUGCUGACAGUUAUAGUCAUACCGGUCCUGUGUUACAAAUCCUGGCUGAGCUGUUGUGCGUCUCAGGCGUAGUACUUUUGUGCAAGAGUGUUUGCCUGUGAAAUGUGCACAAACGUGUAAAACGCAGCCAUCAAACACCUGCAUGAACCUGUGAUUUGAACCCACUUUGGUCUUAACACAGCAUUCGUGGUGCUCUGUGCCAUGUUCAUCACCUCUCUCGGGCUUCUCUCUUGGGCCACUUCUACCCUGAUGCAAAGCAAAAACACUUAGAAAACAGACCCACAGUGUAAACCAAGAAAUGUGAAGUUAAUGUUUGUUUUGCAACAAGACGUCGGAUCUUCUUUAAGCUCAGCUAGAGGAGCUGAUGCUCUCAGUUCAUACGCUGUCCAAACCGGUUACCUACCCUUCUUCUUCUUCUUAUAACCAUACUUUGAUUUUGUUUGUUUUUUUACAUCUCUCUAUGAGGGUUGUAUUUAUCAAGUAUGGAGGUUUAAGUGUGUAUAGGUUUUGUAAUUUGCUGUAAAAUAAAAUUCAAAGUCUUUGUUAUGCAUUCAAGCACUUUUUUCCUCUCCUUGUAUGCAGAAAUAAAUGCAUACCCCACUACUUUAUGCUCUGUUCUGUACAUAUUGUAUGUAUUAGCUUAUUCUCUUUUCUCUGUCUCCCUUUACUAUAUGUCAAGCAUGGGCUUUAACUGAUGUAUGAUUUAAGGAGUUGAGAUGAAAAUCAUGUACACAGAGUGGGGGAAAAAGGAUGGAUAUGUCGGUUGUUUUUUAAGCAUAAUAAAUGAUUCAAAACUGG